AUGGUGAUGAGCGAUGUCCCCCAGGGGGCUGUCUUGGGACCGGUGCCCUUCAACAUCUUCAUCAAUUACAAGCCCGAGUGCACUCUCCGGAGGUUUGCCGAUGGCAACAAGCUGAGUGGUGUAGUUGACGUGUUAGAAGGAAGGGAUGCCAUCCACAGGGACCUCAACAAACUCAAAAGAAAUAGUUUUUGUAAGUACAAAGUACAAAUACUGGUAGUACAAACCCUGAGGAGUACUUUUCUUUCGGUGUUCUUGCAGGUGAACGACCUCUGCUGGCACGUCCGCUGUCUCUCGUGCAGUGUUUGCAGAACGUCUCUCGGAAGGCACACCAGCUGCUACAUCAAAGAUAAAGAUAUCUUCUGCAAACUUGAUUAUUUCAGGCGGUACGGCACCCGCUGCUCCCGCUGUGGGAGGCACAUUCAUUCUACAGACUGGGUCCGAAGGGCUAAGGGAAAUGUGUACCACUUGGCGUGCUUUGCCUGCUUCUCCUGCAAAAGACAGCUUUCUACUGGAGAGGAGUUUGCUUUGGUUGAAGAAAAAGUCCUUUGUAGAGUACAUUAUGACUGCAUGUUGGACAAUCUGAAAAGAGAAGUUGAAAACGGUAAUGGGGUUAGUGUGGAAGGAGCGCUGCUGACAGAACAAGAUGUUAAUCAUCCAAAGCCAGCAAAAAGAGCUCGGACCAGCUUCACAGCAGAUCAACUCCAGGUUAUGCAAGCACAGUUUGCUCAGGACAACAAUCCAGACGCACAAACGCUUCAGAAACUGGCAGAAAGAACAGGCCUGAGCAGGCGUGUUAUACAGGUGUGGUUUCAGAAUUGCAGAGCACGUCAUAAGAAACACGUCAGUCCUAACCAUUCAUCUACUGCUCCAGUCACAGCAGUUCAGCCCUCCAGGCUGUCUCCACCCAUGUUAGAAGAAAUGGCAUAUUCAGCAUACGUACCCCAGGAUGGGACUAUGCUAACUGCCCUGCACAGUUAUAUGGAUGCUCAUUCACCUACAGCUCUUGGACUCCAGCCUUUGCUACCCCACUCAAUGACACAACUGCCAAUAAGUCAUACCUAAUUUCUUUCUGUCAGGGAUAUAAGCUACUAAGGAUGUAAGCUUAAGUCACUUACUGUGUAUGAAAGUUAUCAUUGGAAAGAUAUUGAUGUUAAUUUUUUAGUUAACAUCUAAAACAUUUUCAAGAACCUUUUUGCUGCCCAGGUAUGUAAGUAUACAUUUAGCCUGCAAGACACUUUUAUGGAUUCUGCAUAAUUACAUAUUACAUUGUUUACAAGCCUUAUUAAACAUCUUUUUGUAUUGUCUGGAAGUAGAUCACUCUAGUUAUGUAUUUGUUAAUUUAUUUGUCAUCAGAAGAGCACUUUGCCUAAAAGAAAGGACUGACAGUUGUGCAAAAUGUUUACAAUUCUUUGUGAGUUUGUAGCUUAUCAUUAGUUUGUAUUAGUAAGUUAUUGCUAAAAGUAUUACUUGUAUUUGAGUUGUAUACAGCCUAUAUGUUAAAGCUUAUUUCUGUGAAUUUGCAAAAAUAAAUUUUGGUUGCAAAUAUUUUCAAAACAAACUAAAUAAAGUUUCUGCUGUAGCAUGCUAA